GUUUUUGCAUUGCGUAGGAAGACGGAUAAAGCAAGGGAGAGAGAUAGAUUGAGAAAGAGAGAGAGAGAAGGAGGAUUGAAAGAAGAUAAAACAGAAGCAAAAUCAUACGGGGAAACGCACGUUUUGCAGAUUCAAGCUUGAUUUUUCGACGGACGGGUCCGGACAUGGAAUUCUCGGAACUAUGCGCUCGCCUAUGACUUUCCUUCCGUAAUGUUUCAUCCGUUCGGCAUCCUGUCGUGCCGGUUGCCGCGUUUUUGCCCGAUGCUGCACAGGAAGCGAUGGUGGAACGAUGGCUGAAUUUCUCAGCCCAUACAUUGGAAUCCUACCAGAUAACUUGUGAAACACAUGGCUGGCGAGAGAUCUCCCGAUUACCGUGCGUCCAGUGCGGAAGAUAACGAUAACGACGAGAUCGAGGGCCUCAAUGAGAAGCUGAUACAGCAACUUCUGUUGUCCACGCAAAGAUUCUUCUCCUUGGAGCCUAAUACCUCGCUGUGCGACGUUAAGCCAGAAAACAAUAGCGGCUCUAAGGUAGACUCCAGCCCUCUGUUGUUUGGCCAUUGCAGACAUGACUGCUCUCUUCUGUGUCAUGAUAGCCCAGCUAAGAUGCCGGGCGCAUCGAAUCAUCUUCCACCCAUUGGCGUAUUUUGGGACAUUGAGAAUUGUCAGGUUCCUAAAGGUAGAUCCGCCAUAGCGGUCACGCAAUUGAUUAGGGACAAAUUUUUUAACGGUUAUAGGGAGGCGGAAUUUAUCGUGGUUUGCGAUGUUCAGAAGGAGAACAGUCAAAUCAUACAGGAACUGAAUGACGCUCAGGUUAAUUUAAUACACGUAGCUGCUACAUGUAAGAACGCCGCGGACGAGAAGCUUAAGCAGACCAUACGGAGGUUCGCCGACAUUCACGGCAGCCCGGCGGCCAUAAUCCUAAUAUCCGGCGACAUUAACUUCGCCGCUGAUCUCAGUGAUCUACGUCAUAGGAAGAAGAUUCAUGUGAUACUGCUACAUAAGAAGAAUACCUCGGAGGCGUUGAUAUUGUGCGCCAAUGAGCAUUACGACUUUAUGGAGCUCACGGAGCCACUGCCGUCCAGACCUCCACCAAAGGGUAAUGAAUCCUAUGACCUUCUAAUUAGUAACCUUCCCAAUGAUACGGAUGUUAAUGUCAUUAAGCGCCGCCUUAAGCAAUUAUCUGAAAAUUGCGGCGGUCGCGUGGUAGAUGUCCAGUCAAAUACUGCCAUUGUACGCUUUACGUCGCACAGUUCUGCAGACAGGGCUCAGAAGCGUAUGGAAGGGGAAUUUGUUUUUGGAUCGAAAAUAUCAGUAAGAUAUCUCGGAAAGGAGAAAGGAAAUUUAAUCGUUAAAAAUCUAGGAAGUAUCAUAACACGAAGCAGGGCAGUCAGCGAAUCGGAAAUUGUUACCGACUCCAAGCAAAGAAACUCCAAGCAAAUGUAUGCUGCGAGUGCCUCCGUAUUAGGGACGAGGACCCUCCAAUUCCCGCAUUUUCAAUCCUCGUCGUCUGUAGUGGGCGCCUAUCCUGCCUUCACUCCCCAUUGCGCGCCCAUCAAUGGCCCAUCACCGGGGAUGAUACAACCUCCAAUAUUUUUCGAGAGAUCGUAUCUGAAUAGCGGCGAUGUACCUUUUAAUAGGGCAUACAAUGACCUUACCAGGGUGCAGUCACCAAAUAUCAUAUGGCCAAUGGCGGGACCUCAAUACAGUCAUAUAUGGGAAGCACAAUACAAAGCGGAGAAAUCGAAGAUAUUAAAUAAGCGGGUUCACGUUCCGCAGGUUCGGGACAAUAAUAUUGCUCUUAACGCAGCAGCUUCUCGUACUCCUGAAGGUCUCAGACGCAUCAGAGGUACACAUGGCGCAUUUCUUCAUGUUUCCGAAUGGCUUGGCGCACAUCAUGCAAGACAGCCAUACAAUUCAUUAGCUGUUCCUCCUGUUUAUAAUGUGCAAUCCAAUUCUUACAAACGACGUAGCCCAUCCCCGCUGUACGAUGCGCCGACUAGAGAGAAGAGCUCAUGGCACGGUCAGAAUCAACAGCAGAUUCCUACACGAAACAAUAAAACGCCAUCACCUUACGAAAAUAAUAUGUUACAAGGGACAGGACAACACAAUCAAACAUCACGGUCGCAUCUGAGCGAUGCAGAAAAUGAAGAAGUAGAGAAAUUUUUUAAUCCUAUAAAUAAUCGCGUCGGACAUAGCACCAAUAAUGGCACUAAUAUACCCAUCGAAUUGCAAGUAACAAAUUUAGAUCAAAACAUCGAUAUGAAAGACAUGAAGCGAAUUCUUUCGUCUGUGUUCUUGGAGCACGUCUCGAACUGUCAUAUUUCCGUAUUUAUGCAAUCGGACGGCAAUUACGCCGCUAGCGUCAAAGUGCCCUCGUUAUCGGACGCGCAGUAUGCGAUCUCGCAGUUGCACCGCCGUAAAAUAGGCUACAAGCGCAUUUUGAUAUCUUACGCGCAUAUCGGCGGACCAAAUCUGCAGCUUAUCCGAGCGCAAAUCGUGUUGCUCUUGCAAGAGGUCCCGGGACACAAACUGCCGCUAUUCAAAUUCCGCGAGAUGUACGAGAGCCGAUUUAUGAUCUCAAUAAGCGUGUCGGAACUUUACAAGAUGAGAGACGUGUGCAUAAUCACCGAGGAUCCGAGCGGUAGAAUGGUCUCGCUCAGUCCGGAUCAUAGAAACACACCGUCGCCGUGCUUUAGUAAUACGACACAGGAUGGGCAAGUCAAGCUGCCGUAUUGCACAAUGCACAUGACAAAACCGUUGUCGGAAAACAAAGGCUGGGCGGAACAAGAAAUGGCAUCCUUACCCAACGUGAAGAUCUCUUUGAAGCUUCUCGAGACUCGCCUGCAACAAUUACUAACGUCGCACAACGGCAUUCUACCUUUGCCAAGUCUACCAACUUGUUACGAGGCUGAAUUCAAGGAACCGUUAGAAAUCAUAGAGGAGGGUGUACCCUUGGAGCAUUUGGUGUCGUGCUUGACAUGUUUCGAGCUAAGACAAGAUAUCGGCAGCGUGAAGUACAUCGUGUGGGUGGGGAAGAAAGAAAAUGAAAAUAAUGACGAAACUAAGUGCGUGAGUCCACCGCUCGCGAAUCAGCUAGCCCUUUUCAGCCGCGAACUGGUCGAUCUUCUGAAAACCGCUACGCACUGCCAGUUAUCUUUUAAUCGAUUUAUACCAGCGUAUCACCAUCACUUCGGACGACAGUGCAGAGUCGCCGAUUACGGGUUCACUAAGCUGAUAGAUCUGCUGGAGGCGCUUACACACACUGUCCAAGUAAUGGGAGAGGGCAACAAGCGCGUGGUUACGCUGUCGCAUCGUGCCCAAGUGCGCAGAUUCACCUCGGAUUUGCUGCGAGUACUGAAGUCGAAAGCGAGCAAGCAGGUGGCACUUUCGGAAUUUCCAAGCGUUUAUCAUCGAGUGAUAGCAAAACCAUGGGACAUCGUGGAUUACGGUGUGUGCGACAUCGAGGAUAUUCUUAGCGAAGUGUCCGAGAACACGGUCGUCGUAACUCCUAUGGAUGGCGGCGACAAGAUGAUAGCCAUCCCCAAACGCGAACAGACUGUCGAGGAGGUCGGACGAACGAAAUUGUUUGCCAAGGAGGUGGUCGAGUUACUGCAGCACGCGCCGCAGUGCAGGAUGCUGUUCAACAAGUUCGUACCUUCCUAUCAUCACCACUUCGGCCAUCAGUGCCGCGUGUCGGAUUACGGGUUCACCAAGCUGAUCGAGUUGUUCGAGGCGAUCCCGGACGUGGUCAAGAUCGAGGAGGUGAACGGUGGCGAGAGGCAGAUAUCCCUGACCGAGAAGGAGGGUCUGAAGGUCCUCUCCGAGCAGAUAUCGAAGUUGGUGAUGCGCACCAGAGGCGGCCUGAGUGUCUCGAGCAUCGGGCAGAGGUUCCUACGUCUGUUUGGCUACGCGCUACGUCCCGAGUUGUACGGCUGCGUUUCGAUGUUGGAGCUCAUGCAGAAGCUUGAAGACACCAUUCAGAUCAUACACUUGGCUACAGGACCGGCUAUCAUCACAGUGGACAAGUCGCAUCUGCAGCAGAGAACCCUCCAGUGCCGGCGUGUGCUGAUGGAGCAACCCCAACAUAGAAUGCCCUUCAAAGAAUUCGUACAGCAAUACUCUCAGUAUUAUAUGAAGCAAUGUGAUCUGGACGAGUUUAAGAGAGAUCUGUCGAAUGUUGUUCGGUUCACAGUGAUAAAUGGCGAGCAAUUCAUCGAGCUGACGCCACUGCAUCGUUUCGCCUGCGAGCUUUAUCGCGUAAUGUUGAAUUACGGUGGCACAUUAAGCUUAUCGCAGUUCGAUGUGUCAUACUUAAAUGUCACAGGCACAACUUGUAAACCUGCACAGUAUGGUUUUCCGACAAUAACUGCACUUUUACAAGCCUUGCCCUGUACUGUAAUGAUAAAGGAAACACGGAAGAAAGAAGCGAUUAUCUAUCUGAAUAAAAAGUUGGCCGCUUCCGUCGGGAUAUUCUUGCCGUACAAGCCGAUGUCAUCUUAUCACGAUACGGAUUCCAGCAACGAUUCUUUUGAAAGUGAUUCUUCGUGUCGCGCGAAUGCCGGUAGUGCUCUGGGCGUAGUGGACGAGAAUUGGAUUGAUCAGUUGACGAACAUGAGUUCUUGGAAAGCCAAGAACGAUAAAGGUCUGUGGCCGGAGACUCGUGACAAGCAUUGGAAGAACCUGCCGAAUUCGGAGGAACAUUCGAUUAACUGGGCGGUCUCGGAGAGCGGCGGCGAGAGCUUCCUGAACAGCUUGAUACGCACACCGAUACAACGUAAAUUCCCACCGCCGCCGCCCAAGCCCGACUCCCCGCCCGAGGAUAUCGCGUGCAAGGAGGAACACUGGAAAUCAUCGCUGUGGUCCCCAACAAAAUUUACUUAUUCUCAAGACGAACAUUCCACAAACGUGCAGGUUCCCCCGUUGACCUUACCGAGCUGGAAUCAGAUUCUGUCCAGCGACGGUAUAUCGAACUUGCUGUCGCCGACGAAAAAUCUAUUGCCCGCCGCUGCCAAUCCCUUGUACCCGCCUACCUCUCCUUACUACCAUAAGCCUGUCGUUGCGCCACACCCGUCGGAAUUGCCGCUACCCUCUCUGUCGUUGACACCCAAGAAGAAGACGGCGGAUAAUCAAAAGAAGACUGCCGUGAGGACGCAACGCAACCUCGCAAGUUCCGAAAGCGAGGACAAUAUUAUCGACGACGAUGAGAGCAGCGACAGCCAUAGCACUUCCAGUAAACUCUUUAAAGGCAAGAGACGUCUGGCGGCCCAAUUCAAUCAGCCGAUCGAGCCAUAAGCGGAGACGCCUACGCGAAGAAAGAGAGACGUUAAAACAAGUGAUAAAUAAGCUCAAGAUAAAAAAAAAGACCAGAUUGUGUUAAAUUAAUUUCUUCACGGAGAUGAAAACAAAGGAAAACUUACGGACUCUUCAACGGACUUCAGUAGAUCGCCAUCUAAAAUGGAUUGAAUUACCUAUACUCUGUUCCAUGGAUGGUAGGUACCCAUAGGUUAAUUUAUACUCGAGAAACAUUUACAACGCAGAUCUGUGUAUAGAUUAAAUGUAUAUGCAAACCGGACGGAGAAGCGAUUAUAGCACGAAUUAUUUUCAAAGAGUAUGAAAAUAUACAUCGAGAGUAGAUAUAUAUAUAAUAUAUGAUUGGUCGGGAUCGUAAUAAACGAAAUGCGUGAGCGACGCUUUAUACCGAAGUGACAUGUGCUGAUGGCUAAGAAACAUGUAGCAUUUUUUCGUACUGUGAUAUAGGGUAUUAAAAAAAAAAAACAAAGAAGCGAGAUGAUAGUGAAUAACUACACCAAGAAGGGAGCUUGGGAUGGCAAUAAUUAAAUCUUUCGGUCAAAUCAUCACACACAAGAAGCGUGCACAUUUGUGAAUUACGUGAACUACAACUUAUACCUUUUUACAUCGCAUCUAAUAUUUCCUUUUAUUAACAAAUCGCAUUUUGAUAUUAUUUGAUAUUUUAAUCUUUAUUCAUGUUUGUAUCGAAUUUACAAUCAAUUUUUACUUGAUUGUUUCGACUUAAGCUUAACGAUACAUAUCAUGGAGAAAUAAUGAUUUUUUAUACCCGUUCCUUUUUUUUUCCUAUUAUUUUAUACUCGUUAAACGAAAUCGGGAGGAACGAUCAGACUAGAUUCCGUAGUCAUCAAGUAUAUAUUUACAUUUAACUAUUCCUUUUUUUUUUUGUAAAUAAAUUAUUGUUGAAACGCUUCUUUCGAUUUGCCUUGCGUUCACAUUGCACAGGGACAAUGUGAGUUGCACAUUCAUAUAACAAUACUAUAUGUCCGAAGAAACGAGGUUUACGUAUAAUUGUUGCCACUUUACAAGCGAUAAGCGAAAAUUCUCCUGUCUUAUCAUGCGCACCUUCAGUCGUUCAUCUUGUUCAAUCGUCCUACGAAUUUCUCUCCAUUCACCGUCGAUACAUUAUUUUUUUUCUUUUUACUGCUCAAUGUAUAAUUUUUACGAGUGUGUGUCAUGUGAAUGAGUGCGGAUACACGGUGUGAAUACACGGCGCGAUGACAGAUGUGUGUAAAAAAAAAAAAGGGAUUGGAGUAAUGGAUAACACUGUUACCAAGUCGUGUUGAGUCGCGCGACUCUCACGAAAUAUAUACGUAAAGAAAAGAGAGGAUAAUUUUAUCGAUGAAAAAAAUGUUCGAUCGAUGUUUUUUUUUCUUAUGAGAUUAGUGCUUGUCGUGCGGGCAGAAUCGGGGGAAGGAUAACGACGUGCAAUGGCCGCGACGAGGGAGGUGGAGAAUUUUAACGGGAGGGUUCAUCGAGACGAGAUUCGCGCGCGUCCGGUAAUAUAUUAAAAUGGCGAUAAGUAUCGUGUAAUUUUUUUUUAUUCAAAAGGAGACGAGAGGACAAAAGAGUUUGCACCGAACAUCUCCCCGUCGCAGCGGCCAUUGCGCGGGUCCCGUCUUCCCUUUAUUUUUUUCUUCCUUUCGUUUGAGAAGCGAUGAUGGGAAUGCACUCACUGUGUGAUUCUGCCUGAUAUGGAACUCUUGUUUUUUUUUUUAUAAUGUUCUGCUGGUAUGUGUGUAUAUUAAGUGCGUAAUAUAAGAUGUAUAAUGAGAAUGUAAAACUUUUUUGAAUUGUACAGAAGGGAAUGAAUGUGUGAUGAUCUCACUUUUAAUCUUGUAUACUUCAUGCUCAUUGUAACUGUGACAUGGAUGUGUAAUAAUUUACAGCAGAGAAAGAGCGAGAGGGAAAGAGAGAGAGAGAUCGAUUAGAUUGUACUAUAAGAUUGUAGCUACAAUGGAUAAAUCAUCGAUGGAUUCCAAGUUUUAUGCGAUACUAGUUUGCCAAUUUAUCGUAAUGCGUUAUUUUUUUAAAAAACUGAAAGAUUUGAAAGAGAGAGAGAUAUAUAUAUAUACAUGUACGUAAUGUUCACGCUCUAUCUCCGUUGGAUCGAUGAAAAAUUUGCGAGUUUACGUUUAAGUGUGACAGUCGGGUAUUAGAUUAAUUAGGAUCGUGUAGUAUUCGUGACUUUUUUUUUAAUAUUUUGUUAAUUUAUUCCUAUUAAAAGAAACAGUUUCGUUACGUGUUUGUAUAUUUAUGCAUAAUGAAUUCUAUUGUAUUUUAUACUUUCGCGUGAAAAAAAAAGCAAUUUCCGUAAUGCGUAUGCGUCCUCUCAUGAGAGACGGGACUUUUAAUUCGCUCAGUCGGAUAUUUUUACGUUCGUGUAAUACGUGCCACCGUGUAAGAUACGCCGUGCGAGAGGUUGUCUUAUGUUCCAAAAUCGGGGAAUGCCUAAAAUAUAAGUUUUAUGCGUACUUUGCUUUGGCAAUUCUAAAUGAUGUAUGAGUAAAUCUGGAAGCGCAAUGUCGAAACGGAGAGGAGAAAAAAAUCUGUAAAUUCAUACAUAAUUACAUGAGAUGAUUUUAUCGUAAUAACAAAACGAGAGAAAUUGUGUGUAAUGUAUAAAUCAUCGAUGGAAUCGUGUCUAAAUGAAUAUUUCAUAAAUUAAUUUGAUAUACA